AUGCCGGACUCUCCAAGAGCCGCUUACCUCGUCAUCUUGUAUGUUGCUGCUCUCCUUGGCAUCAUCUUCCGUGCUGACGCACUGUCAGACCGACGCCUAUCUGUGUCCCAAUUCAUAUCUUCGUCUCCGAGUCCGAUUGACAUAGAAAUGUAUUACUCACGAGCCGAUCCGAACAAGUCAGUCGAGUGUUUCAACUUUACGAUCAACAACUCCGGCUCGGGCAGCGAGAUCAUCGAUUUCGGUGAUAUCCCGAAGUACCUGCAGCACCACCAGAUCUCUAGCCCACCACCAAUUCACUUUUCGAUUGAUAGAGAAGUUCGUGUCGGCCAGGCAAGUGCAUAUGGACAAGGACCUGCCAACGCCGGAGUUGGAGCUGCUGAUAAAUGUCGCAUCAUUUACGACUCCGCUACAGCCCCAUACUUCGAUGUCAACUCGAACUUAUCGAUUCCUGUUAACCUGACAUACACCGUGUAUCACUUGGAGGUGUUGCAAAUCGGUGUCAUAGAGAUUGUCGGAACUAACGACCCAACUCCUUUCGUGCAGCAGAUGAACAUGAUGGGCAUACUAGCUGAAGAGGAUUUCUCGAUCGAACUGGCGCAUCACGACGGUCGUUCUCUCUCCAUGUCCGCACCAGAUGAUACGUAUUUCGGCCAACAAUGGGCUCUCGAUGAUAUGCGAGUCCAUCAGAUAUUGAAUGACCGCCCGUCCGAUAACGACACUAGUUGUGAUCAGGAUAAUCACCCGAUGAUCCCUGUUGCUCUCAUUGACUCCGGUGUCGACUAUGGUCAUUCUGACGUCGCGGAUGCGGUAUAUGAGAACGAAGCUGAGGACGGUAUGAUGGCACAGUAUCUGGUCGACGACGAUUCGAAUGGAUUCAUCGAUGAUGUCCGUGGUUGGAACUUCAUAGACGAAAAUGCUAAUGUAAUGGACAACAAUGGACAUGGCACAGCGUGUGCUGGUCUGAUCGCAGCAGAAGGUUUCAACGGCGAGGGGAUCAUCGGUGUUGGCUACCCCUUCGCCCGAGUGUUGCCCCUGAAGGUAUUUGAUUAUGAUGUCACUGGUCGGCUGAGCGAUGCGCUGCGAGCAUUUGACUACGCUAUCGACAAGGGUGUGAAAAUAAGCAGUGUAUCCUGGUUUGCAAGAUCUUAUUCGGCUGUCUUCCAUAUCGCGGUUGGGCGUGCCGGAACAUUCGGUCACCUACUUGUGGCUGCUGCCGGAAACGAUGGGCAGGACUUGGAUGUUAUGGGUGGGAGUUAUCCAUGUGGUUUCAAUGCUACUAAUGUUCUCUGUACGGCUGCGCAUACUGCCAGUGGGGACCGAUGGAUUUCGUCUAACUACGGGCCAAUUGUAGUCGACGUAUCUGCUCCUGGUGUCAACGUCAUCUCAACUGCCACCCCGAAUGGUUAUGCUACAUUCAAUGGUACCAGCUUAGCCGCUGCUGAAGUAGCUGGACUCGCUGCCUUAUUAAUUGGAUCACGGUCGCCAUUCCCUCUGGCAUUUGACGAAGUGAUCGCCGCGAUAAUCACUACUGCUAGCGCUGCAGGAUGGACUGCCUAUGGACGUGUCGAUGCAUAUGCCGCUUUGCAAGCGGUCGUUGGCAAUGCUAACUGGCUUAACGGGGCUCUCUCUGUCUGGAAGGACGAUGAAUGCGUCGAAUAUGUCCGACUCUCUCCAUUUUCGAGCGCCGAGAUGCAACUUUGCGUAUUCACGCCUCCUAUGAUAGGCUACAGAGAGUAUGAUUUGGGAGGCGUUAUUGGUGAAGGCGCUGUCCACCUGGACAUCCGCCUUCGAGCUGUUCCCCCUCCUGGUGCCUGCCAAGUAUCAGUUCCGAUGAUAGACUUUGGAGUUCUUAUGGCUGGCAGCACAGGUAUUGCCAGCUAUACUAUUACUAAUACUUUUGGCUCUGACCUCGUUGUCGACCCAAGUAGAAUGCUCCCAUGGAGUCCAGAACUCCAAGUUAUCCUCCCAGCUGGUCCGGUCGUUGUUGCUGAGGGCCAGUCGGUCACUGUCGAGCUCUCGUUGGCCGUAUUCCACCCAGGGCCAGUCAAUCUUGUGGUUGAUAGCUUGAGUGAGAAUUGCCCGCCCAUACCUCUGACGGCCUCUGUGCAGUCAUCAACUAUCCGUGUGUCCAACGGCUCGGCCACGAACUCUACAGAGUAUAUCCCUGUUGGUUUGCGGAUGGUUCCCUCUACGGCUACAAUUGAGAAUCCCUCAACGUACGAGCUGAAGACGCAAGUGGUCGCUAGCGAUGCCGAAUAUCUGGUAGAAGGUCCAUUCUCUGCGGUAUCUUUUCCUAUCUGGCCUACUGGUGGAGGCUGGGUCCCGGAAAUCUCUAUUGUUGGUCAACAUAUACUAGCGGGUUGUAUCGGAGGUGAAGUGCAUAUGAUCUCUCUUGGUCAGUACUUCCCUUUUUUCGGCGUUGACGUCGACUCGGUCAAUGUUGGUUGCAAUGGUUUCAUCGAGUUGCCGCCAUUCUCACCAUCGCCAGUCACGGCCCUCCCUCGUAUCCCUUCGCCAGCUGAGCCGAAACAUGCUAUCGCCGCUUACUGGACUGAAGCCAAUUCAACUAGGUGCUCCGUUAGCUCUUGCAAUAUCUCGUACGUGCUGGACUACAAGACACGGCUGCUGAUGGUUGAAUGGGACGGUUUGGAGGUUCAGGUGAACAACAGUUGGCAUACGUUGAGUAUGCAGGCUCACCUGUUCUCGGAAGGACGUAUCGAUCUACUCUACGCCUCUUUGCCUGACCCAGCUUAUCGUGAGGAUGUUGCAGCUGGUUUGAAGGGAAGUGACGCUAACGACUGUCACAACUUGAUGCAUCUCUUGGCUACCUCCGGACCUCUUACAUUGAUCUUUAUCCCAAAGGUUAAAUCCCAACAAGUGAUCGUUCCGCCACUUUCCUCCAUGUCUGUCAACUUCUCUCUGGCUGUGCCAUACAUGGGUGUACCCGAUGAUGAUCUUGACGCAUGGUGUGAAGAUGAUAUCAACUGGUUGGACGGUGCUGGGAGACACUGCGCUGAUUACAUUGCUGAGGCUCUGUGCACCCCGGCUGGUCUCUACGGUAUUGGUUGGAAUGCUCUAUGGGGUGACUUUAUGACUGUUGCUACAACCACGCCAGCGAAUGUCAGUUGUUGCGGUUGUGGUGGCGGAACUUGGUACCGAGACGAUAGCCCUGGCGCUGACUGGCAGGACAUCGUCAAGCUGGAAUUGAAGUAUAGCAACAGCUCUCAGGGCAAGUUUGAUCGAACGGUCAAAGGUAGUCAGUCGCUUGAUCUCAUACUGACCGGUAUUGAGCCUAUGGUUUCAACUGCUGGUGGUAACAGGAUACUCCGUGUCGUUGCUCUUGACUCUAGCGGCGUCAUCAACAACAAGGAGACCGGGUUGAUUGUCACUGUCGAGGUAUUCGAGAACGGCCUGCCACUGGCAUCAAAACGAGCCGUGCUCAAUGAUGGCGAGGCAAUGGUGGAUUUCGAUUUCCCCGCGGGCGUCACAGAGCUCACUGCUGUCGCUUCUCCGAGUGAGCCCAUCUUCCUUGACGUCACCCUGGUUGACUGCGGUGGUGAUAGUACGGUCGGUCCUAAUGGGUUACGGUAUCUUCUGUGGAAACUAGUUGGAGACUCUUACGUCCUCAAGUGCGCAACUCUAUCCGCCGAUGAGACUUCGUGGAUCGACCCUCUAGGUGGUGUUCUCAACCCUCAAGAUGACGAGGGCUGGAUGUCGAUCAUGAUGGCCAACGAGAACGGUGUGGUUGUCACCGCUACAGAUUCAACCCCUCGAAGGGUCUCUAAUGUCCUUCUCGGCUUUGAGGGUGGCGGUAUUGGCAUUGGUGGAUGUGGGGGCUUCUGUGUCUUCGGUGGUAUGCUUUCCGUCAACUUUGGCAUGUCGUUGAGGCCGUCUCUUAUCAAGAUCCUCCGUGAGGAAUCGACUAUCACGACAACGGAUGAUGACGGUCGCGGGGGAGGGAGUUCGACCACGUUGAUUGCGACGCUGGUUGUCGAGCUAUCCGUCCUGGAUCGUAUUGCAAAUACUGGUUGA